CUUCCGUCCGUCAUCAUUAUUUUUCUUUUCCACGCGUUUGACAGUUCGUCAUCAUCUUUUGGUGUGAUUCGGAGACGAUUUCUGUGUUUCUUCAUCGCCACAGGUUGUGUGAAAUUUUAAGGAUGUCUCUGGGUCCGUUCUUCCGUUCUCCCUUCACGGAUUUGACCGCAUCGAUGGUCAACUUCCAGCAGUACGACAAGUGCGGCGAACUGGAAAUGGCAUCGAUCGACUGUCUGGAGGCGUACGGAACGGUCAAGGGAGCCGAAAAGUGUGCAAACAUUUUGGCCGAUUUCCAGGAGUGCGCCUUCAUGCAUCUGCAGAUGAAGCGAUUCCAGGCUAUGCGUUUGGAGAGACAUCGCCAAGGACUGUUGGGUGAUCGGAAGUCCAGUGAAUACUAUGCCAAGGCGCCACGCGUCGAUGCUUAUUAGGCUGAUCGAACGAAUAUCCGUUGCUGUAAUAAACUAAUUCGUGAAUUGAGUAACAUUUAAUGUAUAUUAAUUAGCAAGGAAAAUAACAUUAUCCAAAAAAGA